UUAUUGGUUUACAAAUACACGUAAGUUAGUUGUUGAAAAAUGUGAUGAUAUUAAAGUGAUAUUUUGAAAUGAGCUCAACAGCUCAGCCCUUUUUGACACCUCAGAAGCAUAGCCAACUAUGUAAGUACAUAUUGGCCAAGCACAACAAAUUUCAUUGAGUUUUAUGCGAACUUUAUUGGAAGCAAUACCUCACAGCGCAGAGAAUGGAGAUAACUCGAAAGUCAAUACGAAUAUCAGCACCAAACGAGCCAAGGCAGCGCUUUUAUUAUACAAAUAAGCUCAACCCUAAAUUCAAAGGCCAGUCCCUACAUACGAAAAUUGUAUGUGAAAUAGAAAUCAAAUGUAUUAUCAGGAUUGGAUAUAAAAACGAUUCACGGCAUUCAUUUGACAGAGGUAAAGUGAAAAUCAUACUGCAUUUUAUUAGUAGUUUUUGCAAUAUUACGUUAACCCUGAAAUUGGAUCCGUUUUUUGGAGAAAGCAAAAGUUAUAAGAAACAGAAAUCGAAUAAAGAUAAAAUGAAGCGUCAUUGUCACUUUAAAUCGGAAGUUGUCUACGAAUGCACUACGUCAAUUACGGCGUCCAUCAAUCAAACAAGAAUGUGA